AUGUCUGUGAAUGGAAGAGUUUCUGGUUCAAAUGGAAGAUUGUCACAGAAAAUCAAAUCUAGGAAAGGAAAUGAGUCUUUGCAUGUGUCUAAUUCUACUUGGACAUGUUUGUGGAAACACUUUCUCUGUUGGGUUUUUGGUGUUUUUGUUGCUAUAGGGAGUGUUUGGUUUAUCUUCAGUAGUUUCAAUUACAAGCCUUUGACUUAUGAAGCAGCUUGCGAAAAAAGUACACAAACAUUGCUACAACGUUACAAUGUCAGUACAAAACAGCUUCAUGCUUUGGCUUCCUUGUUCUCUGGAUCAGAUCAGAUUUUGUCCAACUGUAUUGAUGAAAAAAGGCUUCAAAUACUGUUAAGCGGUGGCAUAGUCAAAAAAACUCCACAUUCGAUGUGUCCGAAGAAUCAAGAGUUUCUAAAGGAGAGUAGAGGUGUUGCAGAGUCUCUAGGACAAUGCCCGGUUCGAGAUGAUUUUGUUGAGGAGUCGAAGGGAGAAGCUAGGUCAAGAUAA